CGUUACACCGCAGGCGAGCCAGCAGUAAUAGGUGAACGUAUGCAGAUGUCAAGGGUAGACUGAUAGGUUGUUGUGUUCAGGUCGUGAAAAAUUGGCCUUUUCGAGGCCAUUGUCGGUUAUGCCGAAUUUGGAACUGAACGUUGUCAGCCUCACUGAGCUGAAAACGCGGACUCAACCAUCACAAUAACAAAGAUAUCAACCAGAACGACGAUAACCCGGCUCGCAGCUAUACUAUAAACCUCUCACUAUCUUCGUAUAGUACUAGCUCGUCCUGUCGUAUCAAAUGCGGAUCCAUCAAAGAAUGUUGCCGAUCUCGCAGCGUGACAUUCCUUAGAGUACCAAGUGUAUACCCCUAGGCCCUGUUAUUUUCAUACUUACUGACAUUCUGGAAGAGCUCUGUAUGAUGGUUAGGUUGGAGUACAACUGCGAGCAAAUGGACGUACAUACCAUUGAUACCCCCAUUAGCUAUUACCUAUUUGAUACUCGUCAACUCUCCAUGCAUUGAACCGGAACUUGCUCGGGUCAUACCAAAGGAUUAAUUCAUAUAUACCUCUCUCUCUCCUGUUUUGGGCAACAGUGUUCAAGACGUGAGAGUAUUUACCCGGUAUUAAAAUCCCGAGAUAUGGGAGGACGUAGUAUAUACGGAUCCUUCAGUAAAUACCUCACACAACUGAGCUGGACCAACACAUAUCUACUAUAGAUGAUAUGGUCUCGGAGCUCAGGAUAUCAUGCCGAGCAUUUACACCAUGAAGGAAGAGGAGAAUGAACGGUUAUAGCCGAUGUUAUAUAUCUGCUUGCCAUCAGAUAUAUAAAGCACUCAUCUACCACCGUCGACGCCAUCUUGAUCAAUACAUUCAAACACAGAACACCAAGAGAUAUCUAAACCAUCCAAGCCUAUCUUAGUAAUGAAGCUCAACCUGGUUCUUCUCGCAGCCUUCCUGGCAGCUCCUAUCCUUGCAAACACCAUCCCUGGAGUCAGCGAGGCCAUCGACCUCGCUGACCGCGACAUGUCUGCUGUUGAGGAGGGGAAUGAACUCACAGCCAGAAAGGUGCGGUUUCUGUUUCCUGAGCAAGGUGUUUUAUGCUGCCCUGACACCAUGCUAACCUGGACAACGGCAGAUAUGCAUUGGAAGAUGCAAUAG